UCACGUGAUACUCUGAGUUUCCUGUAUGCGUACGCGGCUGUUGUCACGGAUACAGCAAGAUGGCUUUACUGUGGUAUGACGCCUCGAGGGACUGACGGAUAAAAUCUUUGUGAGGGAUUAGCAAAUCUUUUUUUCCCGUCCUAAAAAAAGAUUUCAGAAUGUCGCGUGCUCAAGCUGAAAGUGUCAUCAAAAAUAUUAUACGGGAAAUUUCCCAAGAAUGUGCUACCAAGGGACAAGCUGUCUCAGAAACUCUUGUCGCUUUCAUGGUAAAGGCUGUGGUUCUAGAUCCUGCUAAUGAAUUCAAUGUCGAUCGAACACUGACGAAAGAUGAUGUUCAAAAACUGAUACGGCUUUGUGUGGAAAGACUAAUGGACACUCAGUCACCAUCUUUGGACACAGUAAAGAUGCAAGUGUACUUUGACAUGAAUUACACAACAAGAUCUGAUUUUCUUGAAGAACACCGGCGUGUUCUGGAGUCUCGACUCCAGCCAGUGGUCCGGGAAAUAACUGACAGUCGUGCACGAACCCGAGAAGAGCUUGAGAGUUUGUACAGAAAAAUCGUAUCAGCUGUACUGCUACGUUCUGGUUUAGGCAGUCCUACUGACAUUGCUGUUGUCAGGGAAGCCACAGCUGCUCUUCAGUCAGUGUUUCCCCAAACAGAGUUGGGUUCCUUUAUGUCAUUGAUCAAACGUGACAAGGAGAGGCAACUCUUGGAACUGACCAUGAUUGUCACUGGCAUCCGCCUUUUUAACAAGGAAUGCGGCAAGGGUGGUGAAGGAAUUGAUGAUUUACCUGCAAUCCUAAAUGAAGCAGUACCAGCAACAACACAAAGUGUCGAUGCUGAAAUGCAGAGGACUUUGCGAAAUGCCUUCAGAUACACAGCCUUGAUAGAAGAAAUGCAUAAGAAUCGUUCCAGAGAAGGACUUUCCAUGCAGUUGCUUAAGGAGGCACUCAUCAACACACGACAACAUCAAGCCUUCCUUCAAAUCAUCCUGAAUGAUGUUAUCAGCUGUGCCCAGCAAGUUGAAUUAUUGGAAAACCAGCUGGCUGCACGUAUGGAGCAACUUCAGGCAACUGUCCAGUCAAAGACUGCUGUUCCAACUGCCCAGGUCUAUCCACAGUUCAUCCACCUUGCCCAGCUGUGGAGUGGCUUUCAGGAUGAGAUGGUGUUGCUGAGUGUCCUUAGCAACAUCCUGGCCAGCCUAGAGCCUUUUACAAGGGGUCACAGCGAGCUUUUCAGUGAUGAAGUACUUCAGCCUUAUCUUCAGAAUCUGAACAUCCUUACUGAUGACGAUCGUACCAAGCCUGUUGCACCAGAGGAAAGAGUAAAUCCCAAGGAUUACAAGGCAGAGGCUAGAGAGUGGCUGCUUCCAGAAACCACUAAAAAUUUCCAUAAAAUUCCUUUUCAAUACAAGGGUUAUUGUGCCUACAUUUUGGCCAAGUACGAUCGUCUGCUAGUUCCAGCCAAUCCUGAUAUUGGUGUCAUGCAAUUCCGGGAUCAUUACUAUGCCUUCUCGUCCCAAGAAGCUGCUUACGAAUUUGCUCAAAAUCCACAGGAGUUUAUACAGAUGAUAGCUGAGGGUGCCAAGAAGAGCCCUGAACUGAUUCAACUCCUAGAACUACAUACUCAAUUUUCUACUAUCACACCAUAUUCUCAGGGACGAGAUGGGAAAAUGGUAGAGAAACCGGUGACCAAAUGUGAUACUGGAACACAGACAGACACACACUUCAUGGAAUCCAACAUAGUGAAAAGCUACGAGUGGAAUGAAUGGGAGUUACGUCGCAAAGCAAUUAGACUGGCCAACCUCAGGAACAAAAUUACCCACUCCAUGCAGACAAACCUCAGCAAUAUGCGGCGAGACAAUGCAGUCCAAGUGUACGAACCAAGAGAGAAUGAAACACAGACAAAGAUGGAUGGAUACAGCAAUGUGCCUAAACCACAAGUUUUUCUGGCUGGGUUGAGAGGUGGAGGAAUGAGUGAACCAACUGUAAUGACUAAAGUAGACCUCACCAUUGAUGUGGAUCAGACCUAAAGUCAGGAUGCAACAUUUCAUCAUCAGAAAUAGUGAACAGCUGUCUUAAUGAAGACUGGGGAAAACAACAUUAAGAUCUUAUUUUUGUACUUGCACACAACUGAACACAAAUACACCUCCUAAGAUUUCCUGUAGGUUCUUAAAUAUAUUGUUUUUGUGAUUUGUUUUUAAAAUAGGGGAAUAGUUAAACACUAGUAUAACUGCAUAGAAACAGAUCUAUUUCUAUUUAUACCAUUGAAAUGUUGCACUGAAUGAAAAUCUUGCUAUAUCUAUUUCUGGGCAUGUUUCAGAAGAGAAAUGUUGGGUGGAAAGAGAAUAUUCUUUUUUCAACAACUCUUAUUCAAGAGGCAGUAUUUCUUAUUGAUAUCUGUCAAAGAGAGUUUUACAGUAUUGCUGCUUUCUUCCUGUCAAAAAACGAGCAUAGAGAUCAGUUAGCACGUUAUCUUUUGUUAAUCUGUCCUGAAGAUCUUAAAUAAUGAUAUACUAUAUACCUCACUAUACAAGCAAUUACAUCAGAGAUGAUGGUAUAUCACCACAGCCAAAAUAGAGCUAGGAUCACAUCUUAGAAUGUCUGUGUAACAAUGGCUUUGAUUGCAGGGGUUGGUCUUGCUGUAAAGUUGGAAGAAACUCACAGAAGUGCAAAAUAGUCUUUAUAGUCAUUUUAAGGCAUGCAUGUGUAACCACUGUACUCCCAACAUUAUGAACACAAGCUGGAAAAGGUACUGAUACAUAACAGUUCAAAAUGAGAGGAAAUGAAAUAAAAAGAAACAGCAACAAACUGUCAUAAAUGCCAUGGAAUGUGUACAUGGAUGAAUUAACUAUUGGAAUAAGAAUUAAUUCUCUCUCUAUUUGAUGACUUUUCUAUUUUCAAAACCAAAUAGCCUGAAGCAAAGAAUCUGCAAAAAAUAAAUUAGCACAAAUAAAUCCUUUUGUCAUCAUUUUGUAACAAAAAAGAAAUACAGAAGAAUCGAUUAUGCAGUCCUGAAACACAAGCCAGCAAGUCACUAGAUGUGGCAGAUGUUUUUUCUCUUUAUUUUUCCAUAAUGUGAACAAACCUCAAAGUACUGAGAUGCAAAAAAACAGAAAAAGUAGAAACAAAACCCUUAAUUUCUCCAAAAUGCAUAACAUAUGUAAGUUCAAAUAGCAACUUUUUUUCAAAUCACGUUUUGUAAAGAAAGUCAACAUUAUUUACAAUCCAUUGUCUCACAAGUUUCCUAGUCCACUGAAUCUCAAAAUUCCCUUUGUCACACCAACGGAAUAAAACUGAAUGCUCA